AUGAAGCCCGGCCUCAAAAACGAGCUGGAUUCCGUCAUGGUUCAGCUGCUUGAACCACAUCCAGACCGUGUCGAAGGUCAUAGAGGUUUGCCGGGAAUACCGCCUGCCCUUGUUCUAACUUUCGUCGAAUAUGAGAAAGCCUUCGACAGCUUAGAAACGAAUGCAAUACUGUCAACGCUGAUCGAUCAAGGUGUGGACGCGUCGUAUGUUAGGACAUUAGCCAAUUGCUACUAUCGAUUCACCUCUAAGAUACAGCUCUUCCACCGCCCCCUCACAAAACUCAUUGGAAAAAGGGUACGACAAGGCGAUACUAUAUCGCCGAAGUUGUUCACGACUGCAUUGCAAAGGAUAAUCACUUUCCUGGGAGAAAGGGACAUACGUGUUGAUGGAAGAUUUCUCUCGAACCUUCGUUUUGCGGACGACAUCGUUCUCUUUUCGAGCAGUACCAAUGAAGCAGAAACGAUGCUCAACGAAUUGAACGAAGCAGGCAAGAGAAUAGGACUGCGAAUAAACAGAAAGAAGACACAGUUCAAGAAGAACGCCUACUGCAAGGACGGAGGAGUACGACUUGAAGGCUCCCAAAUCGUGGAAACUCAUACGUAUAUCUCGGACGUUCUAUGA